AUGUUUUCUAGAGUCAUCGCACGUUCAUCUAGACUUUCUUGUCGCCCCGCCUUUAUUCGUCGUGGAGGCCACGGUACUCCUUCUUACAACGAACCUGGAGGAUAUCUCUUUAACGAAAAAGUCCGUGUUAAGGAAGACUGGGAGAAUAUGUACUAUAUGGGUAUGGGAGGAGGUUUUCUUGCCAUUGCUGUUGCUUUAUACUAUAAGCCUGAUACAAGUGUUGUCACUUGGGCCAAGAAGGAAGCUGAAAAGUCAUUAAAAGAAAAGGGCAUCUCUCUUGAAUACACCAAGACUGCAUAA